UAACAGAAAGUGAAAGUAGAGAUAACUUUACGAGUGGCUACUUUUUCCACAUAAGGUCUAAAAACAACUUUGUUUUUCAGUUACAGCAGAGUGUUUUUGUAUUUCAACAUGCACUUACAUACAUACAUGUGCGUGGCAGCACUAUUUAUGAUCUGUGAAGGGUUCUUAGUGAAAGGUCCUUCUGGUCCUCUGGUUGUUCCUCUGGGAUCUUCGGUGGUUUUGCCCUGUUUUGUUGAUGAACCCUUACCUUUGAAAGGACUGAAAGUGAUUUGGAUAAGAACCGAUGCCCAUACUUUAGUGCAUGUGUUCCAAGAUUAUGAGAGUCGGCCAGAUGCCCAGUAUCAGGAUUAUCAUGAUAGAGCUCAUUUCUUCUCUGAUAAAAUCAAACAUGGAAACUUCUCCCUCCGCCUGGACAAUGUGAGAGCUGAAGAUAAGGGUUUCUACAGAUGUAAGGUUUACACCGAUCAGGAAUCUGAAGAAACCCUGGUUCAGAUUAAGUCAGUUGAGCAUCUGAUGGUAUCAGGUACCCAUCAUCCUGUAUCUGCGUUUGUGGGUGAGGACGUCACUCUGAACUGCUCUGUAGACUCUCAUAUCCCACCUGAAGAGAUUGAUGAGGUUUCAUGGAGGAAAACAGAUAAAAAUGAAAACAUCCAGGUUCUGGUUUUUGAAAAGAAUAAAGUAAUUCCAUCAGAUGAGAGAUACAGACGCAGAGCUGAGUUCUUCACUGCUGAAAUCCCCAAAGGAAACUUCUCUCUCAGACUGAAGAGUGUCAGGACUGAGGAUAAAGGAGUUUACAUCUGUCAAGUGUUUGCUGGAAAUUUUUCAGCCAAUGCAACUGCAGUACUGGAGCAACUGGGUUUCUCAGUUUUACACACAAUUGUGUUGUUUCUCUGUAUUGCUGCAUCUGGAUCUGCUCUGCUGCCGUCUGUUCUGUGGUGUCUAAAACACAGAUCAUCAAACACAAGUAAAGCCCUGUUUCUUCAGAUGUCUGUAGUCACCGUACCAAACCUUUUUAUGUUUUUUGCCUUUUUGUUCUGGGGUGUUAUUGAAGGGUUUCUGAGUGAGACUGUUGCCUGCUGUGCUCAUUAUUUUCUGAGGCCUCUUCUUCUCUUAUGGACAGCUCCACAUUCAAAACAUUUCCCAGGCAGUCGUGAAACAGUUGUGCACUGCAUAAUUCAUCUACAAUAUUCCCUCUUUACAAAUGUUGUUCAUUCAGUUCUUUUUAAAUCUUUUUGGGAGAAAAGUCUGAGUUAUGAAGAAUCUGACAGAGUCCUGAUAACAAUCCUCUUUGGGAUAAUGAUUCUGAUAUGCAUCGUCAAUAUCGUUUUCUUAUUGGCAGAACUCAUCAAAUAUAAAGACGUCCGUAUACAUGUUGUGUUAGACCUGGUGUCUGAUAUUGGUCAUGAUGUUCUGCCUCCAUUACAACUCAUCUUCCUCUUCUACGCUUUUGGAGCUGCCAGACGAGCACUUUUUGUUCUUGGAGUUUUUCCGCUGUUCUUAACUUUGACAAGAUAUGAUUGGAACAAAGCAUGUGUGGAAAAACUGCAGUGUUUACCCUCAGGAGUCAGGAGGGCAGCGUGGUUAAGUUUCAUGAUAGCAGUAAAUGGCAUAAUGGUCUAUUCUUACCUCAUAGCGCUGGAAAAAGAGAAAGAUUGUGUUGGAUGGGUCUGCGUAGCUGCUUUUCUUCAAGGUCUCUGGGGAAUCGUUGUCCUGAAGCACUCGUUUGAAGACCUGGAUCUUCCUUUUAGACGCGUUGUCUACCUUAUCGGAUCCGUCGGUGUUGUUCUAGUGAACUCUGUUGCACUGAUGACAGAACUGAUCAUGAAAGUAGUUAAUGGUGAGCGUGCGAUGGAGGAUCUGAGAAAAGUUGUCUUUUCCUCCGAAUGCCUCUUUGUCUCUUCUGUGCUGCUGUUAAUCAUUUUCGAACCUUGCAUUAAAAAGCUUCAGCAGCGUUUCCAGGUUAGUAUUAUAUAUUUAAAGUUUGAUAUGAGAUUUGAUAUGUAUUUGAUACUGAUUGAUAUGGGAUUUACAGUACAGCCAACAGAUCAUAUAUAACAUUGAAUGAAUUUGAGAUUUGUAAGUAAACCUGCAUUAUAGAUGACAUUAUUAUGAUGCGGCCGGACUUCUAGGUUCUUCAGGGCAAGCAGCCUAUAUGACUUGUAUUUUUGUUUUCACACAAAGUAAACAGGGUCCACAUUCGGAUACCAAAUAUCAUGAAAAACCUGUAAAUAAUAACAGAAUGCUCAUUGUUGGGUGAACUAUUUGUGUGAUAUCCAGAUAAAUAACCCUAACUAUCUGUGGGUCAGUCAAGUCUUAUUAGAUCAGAGAUAAUCAAACUGAAUGGUGCACCAAUGUUGACGGAAAUCUGCAUAAUAGUAGUAAUCUUUGAAAUGUGUGUUUCAACCUCACACAGUAUGUUUUGUUCAUUUUCAUCUCUAUUUGAAUGAAUCUGUAAUGCUAAAAGAACUGAGACCUGUCACAGUCAAACAUCUGCAAUUUCAUCUAUAAGCAUAUUUUUUGCAGAUAUGUUUUAACUCGUGUGUCUCAUCCUGAAAACAGAGAAAGGAGGCAGAAACUUCACACGAUCUAUCAAACCAUAACCAGACCGCAGCAGAAAUGUGUGAACGGAGUCCUCUGAGAGAGACUGAAGAACCGGAGGCCGAGAGAAACAGAGAGACGCAGCCUGAUUCAGAGCUUCAGCAAUCAUUGCAAUGACCCAACGAGAUCCUGCCAGAUUCACCAACACUGUUUACUCCGAGAAAAACUGAGUCCCUUCAGAGGUCAAGCUGAGAGAAUUGUUUUUUUGUGGGUUUGUUUUAAACGUAAUGAAUAUGUGAAGUGGUGCCAAAGUGUUUGGACACUCAAGUCACACUUAAAAACAGUUUUAAGUGCGACUGAACAGACACUGAAGUUUUGGGAACUUGCAGCGAUGCUUUUAAUAUCACGGUCCAUAGACUUAAGGUCUGACGUUUUGUGCUUCACUAACUUGCAGUUCUGUGAUUCCUCAUUGGAUGCCUUAUAAAGCAGAAUAUAUGUAAGUCAUGGCAACUUAUGUUUUUACAUUACUUCAACUCAUCAAAGAAAGAUGAGGGAUUUCAACAUUCUCCUAAGUUAUAUAAAAUUCAACUUAAUUUUUUCAAGUUGGUUUAAUUUCAUUUAUAAUUUGUAUAUGCAUAUAUGAACACUGUAUAUGAGAAUAAUAUACACUAUUAGAUGCACACACUACAUCUCAUUCAGUGCUAAAACACAGUGCUCUUUUUUUGUGUAAAGCGAAACCUGUGUACUUGUAAAUAUUUUUUAGCUUUUAUUUUUUUUAUUUGUGUGUGUUUAAUCUAGAUAGAAAGCAUUAUGAAGUGUGAAUCUGGUUUCCUCAUGUUGCUCUCAGUGAUUCAGAUUUGUAUUUCUGUGUGUGUUACUCAUGGACCAUGUUUCUGAAGGCUGAGUUAGCUCUGAUAAAUGUAAUAAUUUGGGUGCUUGUGUGUUAUU